AUGGUGCUAGCGAAGUCCAAAAAGUCCGUCGGACUGGGCAACCAGUUAAUGAAGGAUCGUUUUGGCAAGGGCAAGGGCGGCGAUCGCAAGCGCGUGGGCGCCGUUACUCGUAUCGACCAUGCGACCGGCCAAGAGUACAUUACCAACGACCGUGAGGAGGCCGGUUGGGUGAAGAUGCGCUCUGUUACCGAACAGGGCGCGCUCGACGAGUUCCUGGCUACUGCCGAGCUCGCGGGCACCGACUUCACAGCCGAGAAGAUGAACAAUGUCAAGAUCAUCCACACCGACCAGCGGAACCCGUACCUCCUUUCCGCAGCUGAAGAGCGCGCGGUUCUCGGGAAACAGCGGCAACACAAGGCCCGGUUGACGGUGCCAAGGCGACCGCAAUGGGAUUCGACGACAACCCCCGAAGAACUCGACCGGUUGGAGCGUGAAAGCUUUCUGCAGUGGCGCAAGGGCCUGGCUGAGUUGCAAGAGACACAAGACCUAUUGAUGACGCCGUUUGAGCGCAAUCUUGAGGUGUGGAGGCAACUAUGGCGUGUUAUUGAGAGGUCUGACGUCGUCGUUCAGAUCGUCGAUGCUAGGAACCCGCUCAUGUUUCGAUCCGAGGAUCUUGAGACAUAUGUCAAGGAUGUGGACCCGAAGAAACAGAAUCUGUUGCUUAUCAACAAGGCCGAUAUGAUGACAUAUGCUCAACGGAAAGCAUGGGCGAGCUAUUUGAAGGGCGCCGGCAUUGCCUACAGGUUCUUCUCGGCCCAGUUGGCGAAGGAGUUACUCGAGACCCAGGAGUCUGAGAGCGAAGGAGAGGAUGAAGGGGAGGAGGAGGGAGGGGAUGAGAGUAACACAGCAGCUGGCCCAAGUGGCAGUGAUGCCCCAUUACAGUCCGAAGAGUCGGGCGAAAAGGGAGCCGACAGCGGGGAGGAAGAGAGCGAGGCGGACACCAGGAUUCUGACGGUGGAUGAGUUGGAGGACAUGCUUCUUUCUUAUGCGCCGGAGGAUGCAGGACCGGAUCGGAAACUUCAAGUUGGUCUGGUCGGCUACCCCAACGUCGGAAAGUCCUCGACUAUCAAUGCGCUGAUUGGCGCCCACAAAGUGUCAGUCUCGGCCACGCCUGGCAAGACAAAGCACUUCCAGACUAUCCACUACAGUGACAGGGUCAUUUUGUGCGAUUGCCCAGGUCUCGUGUUUCCUAACUUCGCCAGCACCAAGGCCGAGCUCGUGGUUAAUGGUGUUCUUCCCAUCGACCAGCUGCGGGAAUACAGCGGGCCAGCCACACUAGUUGCUAGCAGGAUUCCACGGGCCUUCAUCGAAGCGAUCUAUGGUAUCCAAAUACGCACUCGGCCUAUCGAGGAAGGCGGAACGGGGAUUCCCACCGGCGAUGAACUGCUUAGUGCCUAUGCCCGCCACAGGGGCUUCAUGACACAGGGUCUCGGCCAACCAGACCGGUCCCGUGCCGCGAGGUACAUCUUCAAGGACUACGUCAACGGGAAGCUGCUGUACGUCACCCCACCACCGGGGAUCGAUGACAGCCAAGAGUUCAACCGUGAGCUCUACGACGUCGCUCAUCUCCCCGCCAAGCGACAGGCUGCUGUGGCGGCUGCCAUGGAAGAGCUUUCGGUCGAAGGUGAUGACACCGCCUCGCUCCUGUCUGACAUGCUCCCGCUCCCACGCGGCGCCAAAUCCCAGAACCUGGACAAGGCCUUCUUCAAGGCCACCGAGAACAGCGCCGGUCACCUAUCGCGACCGUUCAACUACAAGUACUCGGAGCAGGGCAUGGCUGAAGCGGCGGAGGGCAAGCAAUUAAGUGGCCGCAAGCUGCGGACCAUGAUUGCGCUGGAGAAGGGUAUCGACCCAAAGGACGUGCGAGUCGGAUCGAGCAAAAAGCACUUCAAGGGCGGGCAAAAGGGGAGAAAGAACAGGGGGCCGAAGGAGGAUGAUGAAGACUAA